AUGCCCGCCUCGCAUGGGCGGGCACACCCGCCAGCUUGGGCGGACACGCCCGCCCAGCAGGCGGGCAAUACCCCCGCCCAAGCCAGUGCGGGCAUGCCCGCCCAGCUUGGCGGACACGCCCGCCACGCUUGGGCGACACGCCCGCCCAGCAUGCGGGCACGGCCCGCCCAGCUUGGGCGGACACCCGCCCCAGCUUGGGGGCCACCGCCGCCCAAGCCAGGCGGGCAUUGCCCGCCCAGCUUGGCGGGAACACGCCCCUCCCAGAAUGGGCGGGCACACCUGCCCAGCAUUGGCGGACACGCCCGGCCCAGCAUGGGCGGGCACCGCCCGCUCUCUUAG